CGAGCUCAUUCGGCACUCACUCUCGCAUCGUUUCCUUUCCAGGUAGACGUCCUCUCACGAACUUUUGUCUAUUGCGUUCCUCUUUCCGUUCAGUUUCGCUGUUUAGCGACUAAUUUUCGGUUCUUUCGUUCAUUCAUCCCUCAAGAUGAUUUUCCGAGACAUCGUAACGGCGAUACUCGUCGCUGCCCUUACCUCCGGCGCCGUCAUCACUGUGCCCAAGUACACCAGCACACACGCUCCAUUGGAAUACUCCACCAACAAAUUCGUGGAGUCGGAUCUUGAUUCGGCAAUUACAACUGAGAAGUCUUCUGAUAAUAUUGCAACCGUUAAACCAGUAGAUAAUAUUGCAACCGUUAAACCAGUAGAAAAUAUUGCAACCGUGAAACCGGCAGCACCCGUACCAACCCAGGCGCCCAUGAUCAGCUGCUAUUGCAACCUGCCCGAGUGUUUGGCGGCCGCCGGGGGGGAUGGAACUUGCUCCACCCGGCUUGGCUGUUAUUCUGAAAUUCAACCAAUCAUUCCUAGAAUCGAAGAAGAAAUAUUGACCCCGACCGUGACCGAAUCAAACAAAACCGCUAAUGGCUCAUCUGUUUCUCCAAUCAUCUCUGAAUUAGUCGACGCCCCGGCUGUUGCCACCACCGAACAUGCAGCAGCCAUCAGGGGAUCAUAUGGAUGUUUGGACCAUUUGCACUUCACAAAACAAUCCUGCGAGGAUAUCUUGAAAUCGAUGGAAGCCGAAUCCUCCGAAUUCCCCAUCAUGCAGAUUCCUACUAAUGGAGCUGCACCCUCUGCCGCUGACGUUGGUAUCCAUGCAUUCCACUGCUGCCAAACAGAGAGAUGCAACGGAAACCAAUCAGGCCCAGCAGAGGGGUCCGUGAAAUCUGCCCAAGCCGUUUUAGUCGCUGCCUUGAAAAACGCCUUUGCACCCCCUCCGGGGGUGCAAAAUUCUACAGUGGGGGUGCCUUGGACCCCCGCUGUCAAAUCAUCGGUCAACAAUGUAGAAUUAUCCACCAAAACGUCGGUCCCCAAUGUCGAAUUAUCCAGCAUCAAAACUUCGGUCAACAAUGUAGAAUUAUCCAAUACUAAAACUUCGGUUAACAAUGUACAAUCAACCAGUACCAAAACUUCGGUCAAAAACGUACAAUCAUCCAAUACCAAAACUUCGGUCAACAACGUACAACCAUCCAAUACCAAAACUUCGGUCAACAACGUACAACCAUCCAAUGCUAAGAAACUUAACGCAGCAGCUGCAGACUUGUGGCUUGGAUACUUCUCCACCCCUUUGGGUGAACCAAGAGCCCCAUCUCCCUUGAAAUCGGAUACCAUAUUUGAGGAUGCCUCAUUGAUUGAUGCCACCACUUCCGCCGUCCCCGUGGCGAUGCCACCAAAAUUAUCCGUGGCCGUACCAGUCAACCAGGAGAUUACCCGUGACAAAACCGUCGCCAAUGUGGAACACGUAGUGAUCAAACGUCACGACGGUCAAAGGGUCGUGCCAGUCUUAAAGCAGACCAUUGACGACCAGGAGAACAUCACAGACUUCGACGACGACAUCGCGGCCGAGGUCGCAGCCGCUGUUGCCACCGCCAAGUCACCAGCAAUGACCACCCAGCAGGACACCGUGUCCUCCCGAUCCUCUGGGUCCUUCUCGGAGUCGUGGUCACCUCGUCACAGUGGCGUUCCGGAUUUUUUGCCACCCCCGAGCCCGAAGAAGAAUAUUACUACUAAUCCUAUCUUAGCGACUCGGGGAGUAAACAACAACAGCAACAUCUAUAAUAACCAAGCCAAUAACCAAGCCGAUAACCAAGCCGAUAACAACGACGGCGGCUCGACUAUGAUCGGUUUAAUCUGCACCCUCGUCGUAAUGUGCAUAAUCGGACUGUCCCUAUUGACGAUGAUCGUCAUAAGAGCCAUCAUCCGCAAGUAUGACAUAUUCAGAAACUACAAAGGUGUGUGCAGCAACCAGGGCCGACCUUGCGCAUGCAACGGCGGACUGACCAGGCGCAGGCCUCGCACGCAGCCGUCCUCGUCCCACCCGGACGCCGCGGCCGCCGCGGUCAACCGCAGCGCCAGCACCGCUCCACUGCUGCCGCCACCCAACCCCGACCACAAGUACCGCGGCCACGCCAACGCUGGUGCAUCGUACAAUGACUCGAUCGGAGAUACCACUUACGUGUUCACCACCAUACCGGUGCCCGACCACGUGACACCGGUGAGGGUGGUCCGUCGUUAAGGCACUCACUCGACUAUGGUUGUGGUCCAAAGCAACCACGCAGGAGGAGGUACCUAUUAUUAUAUUUUUAUUGCCUCGCAGUAAUAAUAUUAAUGUUAGUAUAUUAUCGUAUCGAAAAAGACGACGACGACGAUAAUAUUAUUAUUAUGACGUAAUUUCGGUAUUUUAGUAUUUAUAUUAUUAUAAAAUAUUAUUAAGCAUUGGUAGAUAGGUGCCUAUGUUAUUAUUAUUAUUGUUAAUUGCGUGUUCUUUGGAUAAGACUGAUGACAAUGUUUUUCUCUUCUUAUUCGCAUAUUAUUGUAAUAGAUUACAUAGGUAAUAGGACGACCGAACGGGUUAGGUUACUAUUAUAACUAUUAUUAAUUAUCGACUAUACUGUAAACCGGGUACUCGGGACAUGUUUAAUCGUUUUUAAAUUUUAAAUCUUUAAAGGUUUUGUUUAUCACGUGCGUAGACAUUGGAGGGUUGAAUUUGAGACUGAGCUGUAAAUUUUAUACGCUUCACGACCCUAUUUCGUCGAGUUUAUGUUUUGAAUUCGAUCGUUUCCACAAACCUCUAUUUUCUUAAUAUAAUAAUAUUAUAGUGCAGAUAACAACAUUGUUGAAUUUAAUUUAAAAAAUUCACACCUUUUGAAUAAUACAAUAUAUAGGUAAAUAUCCUUCAUCAUUUGAUACUAUAGGGUGCACUCAGCACCCGAUCUACCUAAUUCACUUAUAUAUUUUUAAACUUUUGAAAAUAUUACGUAGACGAUAACAAAUUAAUUAUUUCAAUUUAUACCACGCCUUGUUUUUAAUUGUUAUUAUUAAGUAUGAUCGCUGACCAAAUUAAUUGAUACAAUGAUAUAACGAAGACUUGAUUAGAAAUCUCUUCAACAUUACUAGAUUCCCAAGUUAACCAUAAUAUAUGUAUUAUGUCCCGAGUAAUUCCCCAGUUUUAGGGUACCUAGGUUUAGAUAUUUCAUUUUAUUUUUAAACAGACGAGGAGGGUGUUGGUAGAAAAAUCCCGAUAUUUUGAUCCUCAUCCUGCGGGAUCGUUAUGCAUUUACUAUAUACGGAUCUGUCGGUCAGCGUAAUCAUCCCUAUAUUUUUACGCCCCUUCCUGCACCCACCCAUUAUUGUGUCUCGUUUUUAUUAUUUUAUUUUAUUAUAUUAUUAAAGGUAACUGAUUUUAAUUUUGAUUUAAUUUCUAAUAACGUUUUACGACAGAAACAUGUGGCUCAUUUACGUCGACUAUAUUUUAUUUAUGUUCAUUGUUCACGUCCAACACGUUAUUUAUUAAUAUACAAUAUGUAAUUUCUCCAUUACAUAUUAUUAAGCCACUUAUAUAUUAUUAUCCACACGACAAUCAUUGCGAGGACACUACAAUCGCAUGCUUGGUAUUACGAAUGGCAAAUAUGGCGAAUUGUUCACAAUAAUCCACAAUUAUGAACUGACUUAUUAUAAAAUAUUCUUACUUCGAUGAUUGGUCGAUUCACUCUAAUAUUACCGAUUUCAACGGAACACCCAGAAUGUACAAUUCACCAUGUUAUGAGUUUGUAAGACGAUGUGGUAAACACUACGUGAGGGUGAGUGGCGUCCUCCUAAAGAAUAUAACUAACGCCAAGUUCCGUGUAGACGUGUUGAUUGUGUUUUUUUUGUUUUGCAUCAUUUAAAGGUAUAUACAAUCUCGACAGAUUUUGAUAAUAAAUAAAAUCGACCAGGAAAUCGGAACAGGCGAUAGUGUAUUGUGUGAUAUAUUUUUUUUUUUGAUUUGUAAUAAAUUAUUACUAAUAAUAUAAUAAUAAUAUAAUGAAAUUACCAUUUUUUUGCACGUGGUUAUAUUAUUGAGUAACGUGUAUAUAAAAUACUAUUAUAGCUGCCCGUGCUUAUAAAAUUUCGAUCGUAUCGUUUUCGAAUCCACAAUAUAUUCGCUCUCAUUUUUUUAUAUAAUAAUAAUAAUAAUAUACUUUACGAUUUUUAAGAAUAAAAUAUAAUGGAAGGAAAUAGUCGAAGUUUGAGAGAGAAUUUUUAAUUAAAUAGUUAUCGCAUUUUUAUGUUAUUUCACAAUGCAGCCAUCCGACAUGGCUCUUUUUUCUUUUUAUAAACAUCCCUAUAUAAUGCAGGUUUUUGUCGAUUGUAAAUUAGCCACUUUUCAUGCUCUCUGUCGGAUUUUAAACUAUUAUUUUUAUAAUUUGUAUAUAAUAUACUAAAUAUUUUACUUAUUAAUCAUCGUCUGAGCAACUGGUAUUUUUUUCCUACCGCUCAUGUACUUACAAUGAAGACACUCACUUUUAAACGUUGACUACCUACGUUGUCGCAAUGUCGCAUAAUACUAGUACUGAAAUGUAUACCGGUCGUCAACAAUCUGCAAUAUUGUAACUCCUAUUAUUAUAUACAUCAUUAUGUAAACCUUCAUAUUUAUAAUUUCUGUUAAUUUAUAUUUGUAUGUAAAUAUAAAUCAAUAUAUAAGUAUAUAAUAUUAUACACCUAUACCUAUGUUGUAAUUUUUACUCCAAAACUCAUAUUUUAUUAUUUUGCUAUUAUUAUAAUAGUAAUUAUAUUGUCAUACCUGUUUCCGACUGCAGUUCAUGUUACAAUAUUAUUUAAUACGAUUGUACAAUAUUUUAAAAAUUAUUCACAAUAAAUGAUGAGUGUUUUCUUAUAUUAUA